CCUCACUGGAAGAACCAAACCCUAAAAUUACGAAAGCGUUCUUGAGAUGAUGGAGAUAGAUUUGCAGAAGACUUUUACCUGGAAGAUAGAAAAUUUCUCCGGAAGGAAAUUUCCAAUAACGUCUACUGUGUUCUCAAGCGGUGGCUGCGAAUGCUAUGUUCUAAUUCGUCCCAAGGGAGAUGGCUUUGAAGAUUACUUAUCUCUGUAUCUAUGCGUUGGGAACCCUAAAUCAUUGCAACCUGGAUGGAAAAGGCGAGCCAGUUUGCACUUCAUUGUAUUGAAUCAAUCAGGCAAAGAGGUCCAUAGAACAUCUGAAAGAUAUGGCUUGUUUGGUCCUGAGAUCCCUGGCUGGGGUUUUCGAACGGCGUUGCCUCUUACCAAGUUACAAGAUAGAGAGUUGUUGGAGAACAACACUCUCUUCAUUGAAGUCUACAUUAAAGUUACUGAAGUUGUUCAUGAAGGGGAUGAAACAAGGAAGGAUAUGUUAGAUUUCAAAGGUUUCAAUGUUCUUUCUUCUCAAAUUGCUUCGGUGAGCCCGAUAUUCGCUAAGUACCCAAAAUUUGCGGAUGAUAUCAAACCAACAAGCAAAGCGGUGAAGACAGUAUACCUGAAGAUUCUCCUCGGCCUUAUCAAGACAGUAAACAAGCCUCCAGAGAUCUUUUCAGAGACUGAACUAAUCAAGGCUUAUAGCAGCUUAAUUGAUCUAAUGGAAGUGGGCUUUAGGGUGAAGUGGUUGAAGUCAAAGCUUGAUGAGAUUUCCUUGGCGAGGAAGAAAAAAGUUGAUGCUGAUGCGGCUCGGGUCCAAGAGCUCGAGGGAAAGGUCAAGAAUCAAGUUGAACUGGACAAGGAGAAAACCAAGUCUCAUGUUGAACCUAAAAUGUUAUCGUUCAAGGAUUAUGCUUCCCCUGUGAGUCCUUGGAUUCCACGAAGGAAGAGAUCCGAUUAAGAGAAAGACUGAAAGACAAUAAUAUAUGUUCAUCGUUUCUUUUUUUGCAUUCUUCUUUCAAGUUUUCCUUUAGAAUAUAUAUUAGAGAAUAUAAACUAAAUUAGGUGUUAGAGAAUAUAAACUAAAGAUAGAUUCAUCAUUA